AUGUCUCUUUUCCUUAACCCCUACUCCUCGCAGGAGGUAGACCAGAACAAAAUCAACGUGGCGGAAAUCCAGUUUGACGCUAUGGCCGUGGCAUUCAACGCUAUGCUCUCUUCAUGCCGUGAGAAAUGUAUUCCCCACGACCACUACGGCGAGGGCGAACUCACGAAGGGCGAGAUGACCUGCGUGGACAGGUGUAUAUCAAAGGCCCACGACGCCAACCGCACCAUCGGCACCUACGUCCAGCGCACCGGCUUCGACCCAGCGCGUUACCUCCCACACUACAACAAAUUGAUGAAGUCACGUGAUCAUGAAUAG